ACGGCUCCUCCCGCAUCCCAGCUGAGAUAGACCCAGCUCCAAUAUUGGCGGCCCGACAGUAGGCGGGAAUCGCUACACCGCCUCGUAUUUUGGCCAUAGAUCGGGCCGCAGAUGAGCGAAGACUUUGACUGACAGCGAUGGUUGCCUUGAGGUCUCCUGGCCAAUACCACCAAGUGGUGGCUGUGUCUCCCAACUUGCCCCCCUUUCCUUGAAAAUUGAAUGUCUGCCUGUACAAUGAAACUUUUCUCCAUAUCUACAUAUCCUCCUAACGAAAUCACAGAGCAUCAACGAACUCGCAUCCCAAGAGAUUGGCCUAUUGCCACGCAAUGGACAUAAACUUGCUCUGCACUUCUUGCAAAGGAAUUCCAUUACCAUGGAGUUUCUCUCCUAAGCAACCUCUUUUUGCACCGUUCUCUCGAUUCGGGACGCAAGGACGUGCACCGUUCCCUCGGCAUGGCGCAGAACAAGUAUAUCGCAGACUAUCAACCAUAAGAGAAGGCGCUGGAAGAGGCUGCAUAACUUGUAUCCGUAUAAUCCAGUAUCUCCCCGAAGAUUCCCCGAAAUGCGAGGCGGUGGUGGUCUGUCUGUUGAGUGUGGGAUGGGAAAUUAUUGGACAUGCUGGGUUUGACUUCGGCCCUAACUUUCCUGACCAAUUGGCAUUGUCAAAGUAUUGGGUUUCUAUGUCUAUGGGAGAACAACGAGAUCUCAGUUUCGCUCGCGGAUCCUCGUGGAUCAAGAACUGCUUCGAAAAUCAUCCACAUUGUGCAUUGCAAAGCCAUCAUCUAGGCAAUUACAUACCCACAAGAGUCAUAGAUAUUGGUUCUUUCACGUCUCCUCGUUCGCCACGUUUACUUGUCCCAAAUGGCUCUGUGAUCGUCGAUUCUAGAUACAUUGCGCUAAGUCAUUCAUGGGGCUGCAACAUGCCAAGCUCAGCAAAAACAUUGUCCGGAACUUUCGAAUCGCACCUCAAAAGGAUCUGUGAAGCUAGCUUACCUCUAUCUUUUCGAGAUGCGUUCGAUUUUGCACGAAUACUCGGAGUGAACUACGUUUGGAUUGACUCUCUAUGCAUUAUCCAAGAUUCUACAUCAGAUUGGGAGCAAGAAUCAGCGAAAAUGAGUAGGGUCUACGCGGAAUCCUGGUGCACACUCUCCAUCUCAUAUAAGAACGAAACACAUUCUACCUUUCAUGAGCCUGACGUGCUUCAAAUCCUUCGAGGCAUGUCAGGUCAAACGGAGAUGAACUAUGACAUCCCGCAGAAAACUAGGAUGCUCCUAAUGAAGCUCUGGCUCGAUGAAGUGAUGUUUCAGUCACCAGAUUGGGAAGAUAAGGCUCGAGAGGAGCUACAAAAAAGAGUGGAGUGGAUUGAUUCUUUGAAUAGCAUUCCGCUGAAUGAAAGAGGCUGGACUUUACAGGAACGUGAGCUUUCACCAAGAGUCUUUCACUAUACUCCAAAAACUGUUCUCUGGGAGUGUAGAUCACUACGAGCUACAGAUACAAAUCCCCAGGGUUUCUCCGAUCAUGGCUCGCUGGACCAAGGAUUUCUUGGCGAGCUGACUAAAAUCUCACGUUAUCGACUCUUGGAUACUUAUCCUAUCAACAGAGAACCAGCUCCUGUUGGACUCUCUUUGGCGUCCGGCCUUCACAGAAUAUUUGCGUCCAAGCGAGACGACGCAAUAUACGACUCCUGGUUCCGUGUUGUUGAGGACUAUUCUCAGAGGGACCUGACAUUUCCUAAUGAUAGGUUUCCAGCUAUCUCUGGGUUAGCACAGGAAGUAGAGGCUUUAACCGGUGAUCGUUAUCUCGCUGGUUUAUGGGAGAAAGACUUUCUUCGAGGUCUUGUCUGGAAGACUGUUCCUGAUAAUCGCAGUGCUACGUUUGGCCCCGAAUUUCUCUUGUCCGCUCAAAAUCUUCUGGACAUCAUUCAUCCUACUCCAAAGCCUACUUAUGCCGCGCCGUCCUGGUCCUGGGCUUCCUCAAUAAAGCCCGUAUCUUAUGGACUUCUUGUGCUCAAUAUCAACCCUCCUAGUAUACCCGAGGGAGACGAUCUGCUACUUAACAUAGUGGACGUGAAUAUACAAGCUUUAGGUCCUGAUCCUCGGGGCUGCCUAUCAAAUGGGGGAUAUAUCAUUGUUACUGGCAAGAUCAAACCGAAAAGGCACUUUACAGAAACACCAGUUUCAGAUAAAGGGGCAAAUUAUGGAAUGGAGGUUCACUUUGACAGCGAUCUAGACAGAUCGCGAGAUGAUCUCAUGGUCCUUCCAGUUCUUAUUGCUGACCAUAUGAUUCCGUGGGUCACUGGAUUGCUACUUCAGCCAAGUGGUGAUACAGCCAAGGAGUACAGACGUGUGGGCGUUGUUGGAUUCAUGCGAAAAUCGUAUUUUACUGACGCGGAGGAUGUCACAAUCAAAAUUGUGUAAAGUCAAUAGUUAUAGUAGUAGCACAUUUUAUAAGCAUGCAUGAUGCAUUCCUUCGAGCUUGUGCGAGGGCUGCGCUCUUAUGGCUGAUCUAUGGUUAACGAGGUCCUUCAAUACUAGCAAUUUACCCUUGACUUCGCAACUAUUUAUAGGAUAGAAGGACGAAACACAAGACAUGAAAGGGUUUUAGAGGUAUGAGAUAUGCUUUGAGAUGAGAUAUUGGGAAUGCGAUAGGGCGGUGUUGGCAGGUGAAGGAUGUAAUAUUAUACUAUAUUAGCGCCGCCUACGGCCCUGUCUAUCUCUUCCU